AUGGAGGCCAGGAUGAAUAGGCCUAGCUCUGGCUGUGCAGUUGAAGAAGAAAAUUGUGUUGAAUCCAUCGGUCACAAAGAAAGAUGCAGCCGAGAAGCUUCACUUGAUGAACUUGAAUCAGCAAAAACUGAAAUGGGCGAAGUAAGAGAAGAAAAUGCAAGACUAAAGAAGAUGUUAGAGCAAGUAGAGAAGGAUUACAGAUCUCUCCAAAAGCGCUUUAUCGACAUACUUCAACAAGAAGGCAACAAGAAUAGCAUCAAUCCAAGCACCAACCAUGAUGAUCAGGACAUUGAAGAAGUACCUGAACUUGUAUCUCUUCGACUCGGACGAAGUCCGAGUGAGGGCAAGAAAGAUGAUAAUACUAGCAGUUCCAGUAAGACUAGAGAAGAUGAACAGUCAAAGGGAAGUGACCUUAAACUUGGAUUGGAAUAUAACUUUGAAGGGUCUUCAUUAGAACCGGCGGAGCUCACGUCGGAGCGAAGCCCUGAGAAUAGCUUUGAAGAAUCGAAAGAAGCUGUUACAGGUGAAACAUGGCCGCCUAGUAAAGUGUUGAAGAGAAUGAGAAGUGGAGAGGACGAACUUAGUAGCCAACAACCAAGUGUGAAGAGAGCUAGGGUUUCUGUCAGAGCUAGAUGUGACACACCAACAAUGAACGAUGGAUGCCAGUGGAGAAAAUAUGGACAGAAAAUCUCGAAGGGAAAUCCAUGCCCACGAGCAUAUUAUCGCUGCACAGUUGCACCAACAUGCCCAGUUAGAAAACAGGUGCAACGUUGUGUGGAGGACAUGUCAAUCCUGAUCUCAACCUAUGAAGGCAAUCAUAAUCACCCACUUCCAAUCUCAGCAACAGCCAUGGCUUCCACUACAUCUGCAGCAGCUUCCAUGCUUCUCUCUGGAUCAUCUUCAACCUCUCAACCAGGACUUGGAUCCUCAGCCGCCACCGCCACCACCCCAUCUCCUAACCUCCACGGCCUAAAUGUCAAUCUCUAUGACAAUUCAAGACCAAGACCAUUCUACUUACCGAGCUCUCCCUCAUCCUCUCUUCCCACCAUCACUUUAGACCUCACCACCAGUAAUUCUCCAUUCACUCAUUUCAACAUGUUCUCUUCAUCUUUCCCACCAACCAAAACAUUUCAUGCUACAGCCUCAGAAUCCCAAAUGCUACCAACUGUUUGGGGCACUGGCAAUGGAUACAUUAGCUAUGGCUCAGGCUCACCACCCUCAAGACCCUCCCAAGGACAGUUCUAUCAACCGUACGUGAAAUUGAACAACCAAGCUUCUUCUCAGCAGUAUUUAACAGAGACAUUAACGAAGGCAAUCACGUCGGACCCGAGUUUCCGAACGGUGAUAGCAGCAGCAAUCUCAUCAAUCGUUGGUGGUGAGAGUGAGAUUGAGACCCAAGGGAAGCAGCAUGGAGGAGAGAGGUUUGACCAGAACUUGAAGUGGCCGGCGGGUGAGCCCAACAAGGCCAUUUCUUCAAAUCCAAGUUAUUUGACCCGAACAUCGUCGUCCUCUUCUAACUCACAAAUUGGAAGCUUGAUGCUUCUCCAACAACAAACUCCAUCUCCAUUUUCUGUUUUGAAGAGUAAUGGUACAACAACUACUGCAGAUCAGAAGAAGGAACAAUCCAGCUGA